CUGGUUUGGGUGUGGUGGUGUGUUUUCCUCUCAGAACUGAACUGAACGACAGGGUACAAAGGUGAACAAAUGUAAGAGGAGCUUAUUUCCUGAUAGAAGAACUCCACCAGCUAGUGUGUAUUCAUUAAAGUGAAGGUUUAAGAAAGAAAAAAGAAAGGAAGAAAACCCAAAAACCUUUCUUUCUCUUUCACUUUGCUGAAUACACAUUUAGUGCAACUGCGUAGGACGAUGAUCACCGACGUUUUAUCCAUGAGAACAGGAGACUCAAGCACAGACAACAAUUGCAAUACAGUGACAACUGAAUUCCUUGGAGCUUACAAAGAAGGAUGUGUAAACCUCACAGAAAUUGCCAGUGUUGUAAAACGUCACUCGGGUACAGCGGUUCCUCUGGUGAAACCAAAGAGCUACAGUUUGAGGGUGUGUGGUCAGGAUGGCACAGUCUAUGCUGGAAAUGAGGAUCAGCUAGAAGCCUGGAAAGAUUACUACCUACCAGAGAGGAUGGAAAUGGAGGUGAUCGGUGCACUUGAUGAUUUUGCGUGUGAAGCGUUUGGUCUGCAGUUAGUGCUGUUGGUGUGUGAAGACGGAAACAUCUACGCCUACGAGGAUGAAGUUCUGCAUCUUGUAGCCAGAAGUUUAAGCGAGCUGUUUAAAACUGGGAUGACCUUUCCUGGAAUAGAAACCUACAAAGAAGGCGAAUGUUUCGAGGAUUAUACAGAGGAAGAAUACAAUGAAAUGAUGGAAUCUGAGGAAAUUAGGGAAAUGAAAGAAGCACACAGCGAGUUUCGAGAGUCCUUGGAGCUUGAAAUGCUGGAGUCACUAAAGCAGUUCAGACCAAGUAAAUCAAAGGCAUGUAAAGAGGAUGCGGAGACAUCACCACCUUCCCAGUGUGGAAGCAUCUGUGAGCACAAGCACAGAAAUAGGAGUCUGUUGAAUCAAUUAGCUUAUUAAAGCAUUUACAAAGCAAAAGCAGUGCGUUACUGAGGAACUGGAACUUUUAUACUGCAGAAUAUUUUAUACCAUCUGUUCUGUUUUAAGCUGGUAUAGUGUCCCUCAGCAACAUGGUGCCUAAGUUCAGUACAGUUGCAUAGAAUGGACUGGCUACUAUUUAUAUGUAUAUGUCGCCAUGUGAUAAAUCAGCAUUCUGAUCGAAAUGCAGAAGUGUAAAAUAUGCUGGUAAGUUGGUAAAGUAUGACACACUGUGUGUGUGUGUGUGUGUGUGUGUGUGUGUGAGAGUGAGAGAAAAGAUUAAGAGAGAGAAAGAGACAGAGAGAGAAUAUAGUGAAAACGUGUGAAUAUGUAAUGUCUUAUUAUGGUUGAAUAUAUGACCUAAAUAAAAGUAUUUUAGACA